AUGUUUUUGGCUGUAAAGCGCGAAGUGAUAUCAGUACACGUUGGGCAAGCUGGUGUUCAAAUUGGAAAUGCCUGCUGGGAAUUGUUUUGUUUGGAGCAUGGGAUUCAACCCGAUGGACGUAUGCCAUCAGAUAAACAAAGUCAAAUUGACGACUCAUUCUCAACAUUCUUCUCAGAGACGGGCACUGGUCGUCAUGUUCCACGGGCAAUUAUGGUUGAUCUGGAACCAACUGUAGUAGAUGAAAUCAGAACUGGAACGUAUAAGCAACUUUUUCAUCCUGAGCAGAUGGUCACCGGUAAAGAAGAUGCUGCAAACAAUUAUGCACGAGGACAUUACACAAUUGGAAAAGAAGUAAUUGAUUUGGUGCUUGACCGCAUCCGUCGUUUGGCUGAGAAUUGCACUGGUCUACAGGGUUUCUUGAUUUUCCAUUCGUUUGGUGGAGGAACUGGUUCGGGUUUCACAUCAUUGUUGAUGGAACGAUUAUCUGUCGAUUACGGCAAAAAGAGCAAGUUGGAAUUCUCGAUAUAUCCUGCUCCGCAAGUUUCUACUGCUGUUGUGGAACCAUACAAUUCUAUACUUACGACUCAUACUACUCUUGAGCACUCUGAUUGCGCCUUUAUGGUUGACAACGAAGCUAUUUAUGAUAUUUGUCGUCGCAAUCUGGAUGUUGAAAGGCCGUCGUAUACAAAUCUUAAUCGGCUCAUUUCGCAGGUUGUUUCGUCAAUAACUGCCUCCCUUCGGUUCGAUGGUGCUCUGAACGUGGAUUUGACAGAAUUCCAAACAAAUUUAGUACCUUAUCCUCGUAUUCAUUUCCCUUUGGCAACUUAUGCACCUGUUAUAUCCGCGGAAAAAGCGUACCAUGAGUCGCUAUCGGUAGCAGACAUCACAAAUGCAUGUUUUGAGCCAGCCAAUCAAAUGGUUAAAGACCUAGCUGGUGGUCUGGUGUGUGAUCCUCGGCAUGGGAAAUAUAUGGCGGUAUGCCUUCUUUACCGCGGUGAUGUUGUACCGAAAGAUGUAAAUGCCUCUAUCGCCAGCAUUAAGACAAAGCGUACCAUUCAAUUUGUUGAUUGGUGUCCAACAGGUUUCAAAGUUGGUAUAAAUUAUCAGCCACCUACAGUUGUUCCUGGAGGCGAUCUGGCGAAAGUGCCUCGCGCUGUUUGUAUGCUUGCGAAUACGACAGCAAUUGCGGAAGCGUGGGCGAGGCUUGAUAAUAAAUUUGAUUUAAUGUAUGCGAAGAGAGCUUUCGUGCAUUGGUACGUCGGAGAAGGGAUGGAAGAGGGAGAGUUUUCAGAAGCGCGGGAAGAUCUGGCAGCUCUCGAAAAAGACUAUGAAGAGGUCGGAAUUGAUUCAUUGGAGGGUGAAGGUGAAGGCGACGGCGAAGAGUAUUGA